AUGGAGCCCAGCGCCGACAAGCACGUGCACAGCAGCUCGACGGCCGCCACGAGCAGCAGCGUGACGAGCCCCGGCAUGAGCGCCCUCGACUCGGCCGGCGCCGUGCUCUGGGAAGCCGAAGGCGCGCACCAGUCCAUCAUGUUCCCCUACGUGCGCGACCACGCCGACGAGAUGGCGGCGCGCCUGCGCUACGAGGACCCGCGCGUGCACUACGCGGCGCUCGAGCAGGUGCACCACGUCCACCGGUACCGGCGCGUGACGCCGUCCCACACGUCGCCAGUGCGCGCGUCGCUCUCGUCGUCGGCCGUGUCGUUCCCGUCCUGUUCGAGUCGCCGCGGCGAACUCGGGAGCGACGCGCUGGCCGCGGGCGCCCGCGGCGCGCUCGAGACGGCGGACUUCCGCGGCACGACGCGCGUGCCGGGCAACGUGGAGGCCGUGUUGGACUUCCUGGCGAGCGAGUCGGCGCGGGAGAACUACUGGGUCGCGCUCAACACGCUCCGGGACGUCAAAGCAGCGGCGCUGCUGUCGACGGCGCGACUGGUGCAGCUCCAGCCGCUGCCGACGGUGUCCGUAACGUCCGAAUCAGACGCGACGGCGUUCCCGCGCUGGAGCCGCAAGUACGUGGCCACCAAGUUCUCGCCCAAGUCCAACGCGCCGGUGCUCGACUGCUGCUUUGCAGAGUACGCCUCGCGCUACACGGAGACCAACAGCGACGGCCACUCGAGGGUCCACGGGUUCGUCUACCGCCGCUCGGUGUCGGAACGCGCGCUGAGCAACUCGUCCAGUGUGUCGGCUGAGCCGUUGGCAAAGGUCCGCGUGCGAGGGGCCACGCGGUUCUACAUUCGCGACUGGAUGUUCGACGUCAUUGAGACGCACGACCCAUUCGUCUGCACGCUGGUCUUGACGUGCUCCGUGUUCGUCCCCCCGACGGCCGAGGGCGCACCUGCUGCGUGUCCGCGACCAGAUGACUUUCGCGAGUUCUGCACGGAGCUGAUGGUAGGCGCUCGUCGAGCGCUGACGCAUCAGUGGAAGGACCACGCCGCCAACGUUGGCGUGCGCUCGUCGUCGUCGUGGCUGCAGGAGGCGCGCUGCUGCACCGUGUGCUCGGCGCAGUUCUCACUGUUGCGCCUGCACCACACGUGUCGCUCGUGCGGAUCUGGAGUGUGCUCGAAAUGCUCCUUGAAGACUACUCCAAGCUUAGCGUGUGUGAGUGCAAGUGCCGACCACUCACGUGGCCGAUGUGGCAGCUCGAUGGCAUCUGGAGGCAAUCGGCCGCAGCAGUGGGGGCAUCACAAGCGGGAGUGUUUGCUGUGUGUACAGUUUGGCCCGGACAGUCGCGCGAAUGCGCCACGAGGUAGAGGCAUCAUGGUCAGAGGCCGCCACCUCUCGACGUCCAUGGCGUCGAUAUCGGCGUCGGUGUCUCAAGGAUAUCGAGCUUCGUCCGGAGGAGAAGCGUUUGACAUGGAGCAGGAAGAGAAAGACAAAGCGCGCCCGGAUCUUGAGCUGUGCUCCAGCGCGUCCAUCUCGGACUCAAGACAUCAGCGAAGCGUGAGUAGCAUCGGCAGCCAACGCAGCGGACCGGAUGAUGACGAAGGGUCCGACGAAGACGUCCGGUCGUUCACACCGCGGCUCGACCUGCGUGCUACACCGUCCAGCCCUUCAGCCAGGUCAACCGACUCGACUCGUCGACCAUGCAGCACCCAAGGAAUCGUCUUGCUAUCGGACAUCGAUACGUUGACUCUCUCAGGUAGUUUCCACCGCGCGGCCAGCAUGUCUGCCCAGUCGUCCGCCAGUUGGUUGGCGUCUUUGUCUUCGCGGUCGUCAGCUCACGCACGGAUGCCAGCCAAGUCGGCAGCUCCUUCUCCUGCAGCUUUGCGCGCGCGGGAACGCCACGACCGCACAGCUUCUGCAGAUCUCAUUCUGCUAACAACCGUCAAGCCUCGCAUCGGCACGAGAGAUGGAACGCAAGAGAGUAGCGCUAGUACUGAAGAAGACGAAGAUGUGUACAUGGAGGACGACCUGGCCAACUUCACGCUUAAGCUGUCGUAG